UUACUAUAACCGGUAAAGUUGAGAGUUUUGUACCUUAUUCUUUCUCAUAUUUUAAUUGUUUUAUUUAAAAAGUCGUUAUUGAUUCUUUUAUGGAUAUACGAGAUGAAGGUUGGUGAUUACUAGAAUGUUGUCGUCUCGUACUGUCUAGACCACCAUAAUACUAAUACAGUACAGGGAUGGCAAUGAGUCGGGUUAGGGCGGGUUAUGCCAAACCCAAACUCAUGGGUUUAUCCACCAAAAAACUCAGGAUAAAAGCUAUUGAAUUUGGAAAAUUCAAACUCAACCCAAUCCAUGAAUCGCUGUGUAUCCGCGGAAUCAUGGAUACCCAUGGGUUCAUGUCCAAAGAUGCCAUUACACUAGCUUUCACUACUAUUAUCUACUACAUACACACUAACCCACAAAUCAUUGAUACAAAUUGUUCAAUAUUAAAGAUAAACAUCCACAAACAAUAUGAUUAAUUAAAUGUGUGAGAAAUUAGUUUAGAAAUUACAGAAAUUAGUUUAGAAAUUACAGUUGAUUAGUUAAUGGUUACGUAGGUCAUGGGGGUAUGGACUUAGGUGCGGGUAUCCAUGGGUUAGAAACCCGAACCCGUCCCACAAUCAAUCAAAGCGGAAUUUACCCGCGUUGACCGGAUUGGGUCAUAUCAUCCCUUUAAUAGGGGGAAGGAAACUGAAAGUGCACCGAAAUUCAACAAACAACAAAGGAAUUUUUUUCUUUUGAAGAACAACAAAGGAAUUGCAAGUCUAAGUCAAAAGCGGAGAAGGGGUUUUUCCUUUGUAAGCCUUGUGGGGGUCCUAUAAAUUUAGGCUUUCUCAUCAAACAUCUUCCUAUGAGUUAGCAUUCGGGUCGAUCGAAAAGAUGACAGGAGGCCGCAAUUGGUCCCAAAUACCGGGGGACGUUAAACCUGAUAGCCAGAAAAUUAAAAGCCUGCAAAGAUCACGUCCGUCUCCAAGCCGUUUGCAAGCCAUGGAGACACUUCUUCCGGCAGGAGAGCCCCAAAAUAUUUCGCCAGACCUUCCCGUGGCUAAUGCUGCCUUACUGCCGCCGCCGCGAUAAAGAAGACGACGACGAGCACAGUCAUGCACAACAAGAGCAUUGUAGAGGCGAACACUGCCGCUGCUUCCACGACGUCGUCACCAACGAGUUCCACCACCUCAGCUUCCCCGAAGCUUUCGGCAAAACCUGUCGAGGCUCCGGGUUCGGGUGGCUAGCCUUCACCCAGGACGACACCCCUUCAUGUCAGUAUAUAUUCAAUAAUAUCUAUUAUUGAACCUCUUUCAACAACUCGAAUUAUUUGGACCCUGAUAACAACGAAGGCGGUCUAGUACUGUCACUACAAAAAAGAGGAGGUUCGAGGACAACAAAAGUCGUCCCCGGAAAUAAGAAAAAUCGUCCCUAUAGUUUUUAGGGACGAUUAAGUCGUCCCCAAUUUGUGGUUCCCUAUACUCUUGUCCUCUAUUCAUUUGGGGACGACAAAAAUUAAGGUCGUCCCCAUUACUAGGGACGACAGUCGUCCCCAAAAUUCGUGAAUUAUUGUUGUGUUUAUUUGAAUAAAAGACUACAUGUCGUCCCUAUAGCCCCAAUUUUGAUGACAAAAAGUCAUCCCCAAACAUUAUUUUAAAUGACAAAACGUCGUCCCUAUAAUUCAUUUUAUGGUAGUAUUGUGGAUAUUUGAAGACAAUAUAUUGUCCCUCUAUUCUUUUUAUAGGGUCAACAUACCGUCUUCACAUGUGUCCUAACUUAUUUUGGGGGACGAAAAAUUGUUAGCUACCCAGUGUUGUUACACGUACGUUAUAUAUCUCUUGUUGAAAGAGUUAAACUGGAAUAUUACGUCUGGAGAUCGCUUUUAUGCAGACGUACAAUUUUAAACUGCACAAAAACUAAACCGAGCAAAUUAGGAGACCAAAUCGAUAUGGCUUGCAUUGAAUUUGUUAUGGUAGUAAACAUACAAUGAUAUUAGUGUUUCAUAGGAAUGCAAAAAUUAAUGCGCAUGUACUUGUUACAUACAAAUAGAAUAAGAAGCACAAAAAACCACCACAGCAAAUAUGGUGUCGCUGUGCAUUGUGCCGUCAUUCAUCUCCGUUUUGCCGCCAGCAUAUGUGAAAUCGAUGUCGCUUUGCCUAAUACCGUAUCACGGAUCGCCGCCAGCCCACCUCAGAUACCUCUUCAAUGUAACAUAAACCAAGAGGCAAGAAGCAUCUGCUAUGUCUCCACAAGCUUUAUCAUCGAUUUCGAGCCUAGAAGAAAAGAAAAGAGAAAACGUUGACGACAAAACAGAUCUUAAGCUAAUAUAUUGAAUUAAAGACCGAAAACCAAGAAAAAGGAACUAAUCUAAGUCCUACCAUUGACUGGCCUCCGAUGAAGAGGAGAGGGAGAGGCGCCGGUGAACAUAGGGAGAGAGAAUUGUCGGCGCUCAACGAAAAGAGAAACGAUGAGUCGAACAAAGGGAAUAGGCCAUUCGGCCAGAAGAAGGUAAAGAUUAUAAUGUAGCUAGGGUUUCCGUCUUAACUUAAAUUUGAAUGGACGCGCGGGAUUAAUUUUUUGAAAAUGAACGCUUAAGAUGAAUUAGAGAGUUCUAGAAAAGUAGACUAAUGUAGAUGCGGUCCUGAUUCCAACCCAUGAUGAGUCAUUGUGAUGUUAUUUUCUAAAAUCUUCAGUGUCCAUUACUUUGUUUUGUUAAGAUGACAAUUUUAUACAAAUAUAGAUGCAGUGAUGCUACUAAGUAUUAAUAGUUCUAUAUAUAUUUUGUUUUAAUUUCACUGUUAUAAUAUAUUUUUAUCUGAAGGAAGAAAGCUGUAAUGUAAGUCGAAUUUAAACUCUUCUUAAUACUGAUCGCAAAAUUUUGAUUUAAGGACAACAAAGAUGUAUCUUUCGAGAAAACAAAUUGUUACCUAUGUGACUUUUCUGGAUGACCAAAUGCCCCUUAAGUUGUGAUUGUGAGGAUGAAAAAUUGUCACCUAUCUAAUUUUUUUGGAGGACUAGUGGUCCUUUGACCUAUUUUGUUAGAGAUAAGGAAUUGUUUUUAUUUAAAUUGCAGGGUCGACCAAUUAUUUUUUACCAUGUAUUUUUAGGGACGAUUAACUAUCCUAUAUUUAACUCGUAGCGAUCACUGUUGUCUUUUAACUUAUGCCUUCGAAAAUGACUAAUUGUUUCCUAAAUAACUUACAAGGAUUGAC